ACAACAGCGUUGCGGAGAGGACGAGAUGUAACGUGUCAAAGACCUGACUGAGAGCAAAGGAAAGCAACUCUCGACCGCUAUCACGUUGUUUCCAUUGUUAUGUGAACAAUAUGUCUCUCCUUUCCGCGGACAAGAUGAGCGGCGGCGUGAGAACCGGAGAAGAGGACAUCAAAGAAAAGGUCCAAUCCAGGCGGUUUAGAUUCACUCUACAAGAUCAGGAUCAGUCCGACUGCACCUCGGAGCGGCACAGCAACAAGGAGGGCAGCAUUGCAGUAGUGCUGCCACAGAAACCAGCGGCGCAGGAAGAAACACUUAUCUCUACCAACGAAGAAAGGGUUGAAGUCCUUAAGGUUUAUCUCCAAGCCCGUCCAGAGGCGGGGGAGAGUGUCAACAUGAUGACAGACGAGGUGUCGCAGAUUCAGGAGGUGAGGUACUGUCUAAAGACUCUGAGAGAGCAGAUGGCUGCCAGGCAGAACUCUAACAACAACAAGUAUCCAGCCAAUGUCUUCAGAGUGAACUUAUCCAGCAGCCCAGCUGCUGUCUCCAACGGCAACGCUGUUCUCACAGAGUCAGACACUCAGGUCGGGGAUAGUCCGGAGGAGAGUGUGAGGCUCAGGGAGGUGACCAAGCGUCUUUAUGCGCAGCUGAAAGAGAUGGAGACGAGGCAUCAGGAGGAGAGGGAGACACUGCAGGCUGAGUCACACGAGUGCAGCGCUCGUCUGGCCGAGCAGUCCGAGCAGCUGCAGACGGCGGAGAAGCGGUCGGAGGAGAGGGGUCAGCAGGUGGAGGAGCUGCAGAGGCUGCUGGGAAGCAUGGCGAUCGAGAGCCGCAACCUCAAAGACAAGAUGGCGGAAGGGGAGGCAGAGCUGCUGCAGCUCAAAGCAGACCAGGAGGAAGGGGAGGAGAGUGAGGAGAGGUGUGAGGAGCUAGAGAAGGAGGUGGCCAUUCUGAAGGAAAAGAUCCAUCACCUUGACGACAUGUUAAAGAGUCAGCAGAGGAAAGUCCGCCACAUGAUCGAACAGCUGCAGAACUCCCGGACGGUCCUCCAAGAGAGAGAUCGAUUCAUCGGGGACCUGGAGGAGAAGGUGGCUUUCCUGGAGGCUGAGAACAGAGAAAUGCAUGACCACUUGGAUUACUUCCUGGCAGGCCAGGAGUCUCCGCCCCUUGAAUCCACUGUGAAGAAGCCAGAGGUUGUUUACAGUAAAACACUCACACCGAGGACACAGACCAACAAGGCCCUCCCGUUCAUCAAGGUCAUCGAGCUCAAGUCCUGAACAGUGUCAACCAAAGGAAUGACCAGAUGGAAAAUACUGUGUAAAUAUAUAUAUAUAUUUAACCACCCACCGGUAUGUAGAACUUAGAUCGUAACAGACCUCAUGGUGACAAAGCACAUUGGUCCUUUGGUUAGCACCUCCAUGGUUACUCUUGAGGCUGUUCUGCGUACAUUUACUGCAUCCUCUCGGUGUCAAACAGAAUGUAAAAAAAAAGGGAAUUCAAACUAGGAUCCGAUGGUCGGAGAGAUACAAGGAAGGAGCUGUGCAAUGCAAAGAGUUGUACUGAACUUCUUACAUGAUACACACAGACACAAAUAUGUGCAGCGUGCACUCUGUCAGCAAGUCGUAACGAGGCAAGAGUUCGGCAAAGUUUUCUGUGUUUAUUUGUAUCCGACUCCACUUCUUUCCCAUGCAAACAUCUCAAUAAAGAUGUUGGAACAGCUCAAUGUAAAAGGUGGGUUGAGAUUAAACACACUGUACAUGUUUUAAUGUCCCUGUUAUGCAAUCGUUUAGACAAACGUACAAAUGAUCCACUGUGUUGAGUGUUUUCAGCACUUCUGCAGCCGACAGCCUAUUGACCUCAAUCUGAAGCAGCAGCAGGUUUGGGGACAGAUGCCUCAGUGCUUUGUACCACAUUGCCAAUGGCAGGCAUGCAGUUGGAAAUAUGAGUUAUAUUUAACUUGAAUAUAUUUCUCUGACGUAAAAAUAUUAUAAAUAUUAUGAGUGUUAAUGCUAUUUUAUAUAUUAGAAUCUUUUUAGCCAUGCUAGUAAAUACUUAUUUGAGGCUACCUGUAGAGAUAGAGGCUAGCUGAUAGCAAUACUUUUAUUCUCAUAUAUGCUGCCAAGUGUUGCCUCAACAUCCUUAUUAUUUAUCCUGUUUUAUGUCGCAUAUUUAAUAACAACACCGUUUCAAACUUACUGACAUCAUUAUGCAUUGUUGGCUGUUUUUCUGUAAACUACUUGGAAUCAAGGAUGUACAUUUUUAUAAACUGAGUACCCAUUUACUGUGAACACUGCAGAUAGAUACAUUGAAGUUUGGUCUGUUAUUUCCUUGAAGACUGUCUUUUUUCAAUACCAUGAAAUACCUGGUUUAUCUGACUUAUUUGUCAUAUCGCUGAUGUUGCAUCUUUACUCCGUGUAACCGUGUACUGACACCUAGUGGAGAUUUUAUUAAAGACUCUGAGAAUGAA